AUGCAAAGGGGAAAGGUGGCGAGAAUCGAUUUUCGAGAGGUAUCGCAUUAUUCAACGAAUCUCGAAGACAAUGACGACGUUAUCGAAGUAGAACAGAGCUUUACGUGGAAUCUAGGAAGACCAGUGGAUGAAGCGGAAGUAUUGCAAUUGGCAGUUGUAUCUCGCGGAGUUCUGAGGACUGAAAAAAUCGCGGCGAAAUACGGAUUGGUGUUGCAAACGGUGGUGCGCGAAGGAAGGAUCUUUGUUUCGGAUUCCCUAGUUGACCUCAAUAAUAAACCGCUUCCGGCGGUGGUGUGUUUCGAAAUUCGAUACAAUCCCCCGGACGGAAGCUGCAGUUCGUACGCGGCCUCGGAAAUAAUGGAGGAUGAGCAGCAGAUGCUGAUCGAUAUCGAGCAGAAUAUCGCGAACCUCGAGAGAAGUCUCGAACAAGCCAACAGCAGCACGAGUAGCGGAAAAAGAAGGGGCUCCUGGCAUACCCCCGAGAAAUCAAAAACAAGUUUCAUAUCGAGGGGCCUCUCUAUGUCGACCAAUGAUAAAUCAUCUGAUACCCGGAAGCGGCAAUUAAAUUGCACCAGCUUUGCUCCAGAACUAUUUGAAAAACCAAUUAAGUAA